AAGUUAUUGCAGAGCUCUGCCCGAGAACUCAGACCUCUAUUAGUGUUCAUUUGGGCCAAAGUUCUGGCUGUAGAUCAGUCAUGUCAGGCUGAUUUAGUCCGAGACAACGGUCACCGAUAUUUCUUAAGUGUUUUUUCGGAUCAACACAUGCCUGAAGAGCACCGAACUAUGGCUGCCUUCGUCAUGGCCUGCAUUGUGAAGAACCAUCCGGCGGGACAGGAGGCGGCCCUUCAGGGUAAUACACCGAAUGGCAACCUAAUUGAUCACUGUUUGGAACAGUUGCAGUCCCAGUGUGGCGAUGGCCCCAAUGCGCCCAUCAGUACGACACCGUUAUUGAGGCAAUGGUUAGCCAUAUGUUUGGGUCAUAUUUGGGAG